GGAAAAUGCUAUUGGUGCUUCCUUUUAAUUGAUGUUUCUUUCCUUGCAGGCGUUGUCUGCUAUUGUGGCUGUCGUGGUGGCUUCGCCUUCCCCGGACGAGACCGCUUACAAAAUCCCCCGAGUGGGAACUGGAAGACGCUCCCAGUACUACGUCCGACACAGGGACGGCACCUUUAAGUAUGGCCACGACACCGGCGAGGGCGCCUUCGAGAACGCACGUUCGUCUGCAAUCGGGGAGCAACGCGGCGCCUUCGGUUAUGUGAACCCUGAGGGUCAAACAGUUAAUCUGCAGUACGAAGCAGGGCAGUCCGGAUUCGUCCCUAAGGGCACCCAUCUCCCGGCCACACAUCCGGACUUCGACACUGCUCACGCUCUGGCCCGCAACCGCAGACCUUUCCGCGACCCCUUGGCCGACCCCAACGCCGACCCUUCCUACGGCUUUACCUUCCAAGGAGACGAGCACGCGCGCUCGGAACUCAGCGACGCCAGCGGCAGAGUGCGUGGCUCAUACUCUUACAUCGACGAAAAUGGACGAACUCGCUCCUACACCUACACAGCUGGAAGUGGCAUUGGCUUCGUCAUUGAAGGGGACGACCUGCCACAGGAUCCACUCAAUCCCAGCUCUACUCCCGCAGCCACUAAGCUCUCCUCUGCACGACUGCACUUCCCCGCAGUGGUCAACCAGCAACUGUCGCGCUCUGGUCCACUCCGCGUACAGACUUAUGCCGCUUCUCCCAGCGCUGCAACGCCUAGGCGACCCGUGGAACAGGCCAACGUGAAAACUUCUCUCGCUCUGGACGGUCGACAGUCGUUCGACUUCCAAACCUCCACUCACUCCCGAGGAGAAACGGCCGACGCUAAUAACAACGUGGUUGGAAGCUUUGCCUUCACCUCCGAGGACGACGGACAGAAAAGAAGUGUGCAGUAUAAGGCUGGAGCUGACACAGGAUUCGUAGUGGAAGGAGACCAUCUGCCUCGCGGCCCAGCGGUUCCCGGAGCGCCCCUCGGGAUUCCUUCGGGGAACAUUGUUCCUGUGAGACAAACUCCCUUCGGACCUCUGGCAGACUCCAACGCUGAUGCCUCUUAUGCCUUCAAUUAUCAAGAACAAGGACAAUCCCGUACUGAGACCAGUGACCAAGACGGCACUGUACGAGGCUCGUACACGUACACCGACGACGAGGGAAGAGUCAGGACGCUGACCUACACUGCAGGGAAGGGCAUCGGCUUCGUGGUGGAAGGCGACGGCGUGCCCGAAGCGGAGACAGCCACUUCAGGCGUACUGUCUUAUUCGUCGCCGUCUGUUCACUCUGUAUCGUCAGCAGUUUCACCGUCUGCUUCGUCUGUGUCGUCGGUGAGUUCAUCAUCUGCCAUUCCCUCGUCCUCAGCAGCAGCUGGCAGUCAUUUCAGCUAUUCUUCGGGACGUGAUUUUCAGCUACGUCAGUACAACGUGAAUGAGAAUCCGGACAAAGUGGGUUACGUUUUAACUUUCAACAAUUAAGCCUUUGCACCACCGACUGUUCAUGUCCCUUUGUGACUGGUACCUGCACGUUUUGAUGAUUGAAAAAAAGG